AGCCUUUCUUGGCUACAGUGUUGAUCGUGCUGCUCUAAGCCGCAGCCAGGCUCAUGUCAAGCCGCUUAGAUAGUCCCUCCUUGAAGCUGCAAGAGCUGUUGCCCAACAAUGGCUACAUGGAGAAGGAUGUCACCGCUCUCCUACCGGACUUCCUCGCCAAUGAGUGGCGGAAUAACGAUUGGAGAGGUGUCGAGAAACGAGGUGACACGCCAGAUCCUCUGGCACCGCCUCAUUCCUACUCCACAGGGCUACCACCUCCAAUACAGCCACCAAAGGAAUGGAAUGAAAGGACUGAGAGAAUCCCCAGUCCUUUGAGACGAAUGGAUUGGGCCGAGAACUUCGUGGGCAUCUCUCGCCGAACGGAGGUGCCUAGCGUGGGAAUCAUUGGCCAGGCACCUGUGGGUGCAGACCGCCGGGCCGCAGGACAAGGCUCCGACCCGGGUGCUGUUGCCGCACAACUACUGCGGUCGAUUCAAAACCACCAGGUCACCUCUGCCAAAGACAUGUCGGCUGCGCCCUAUCGGCCAGGCGAUCUCCUGUCCAAGGCUAUGAGUGCAGAAACUUCAGAUGUACAGAUCCCAACUUCUUCUGCACCCUUUCCAGGGCAAAAGGCCGGCGCAGAGGUUCAUUGCGAUGUGUCUCCAGAUGAUCAUGACGAUGACGACGAUGACGACGACGAUGACUACUCGGACUCUGAAGAUUGGAAUGAGGAUGGACAGAGGCCGGUGCCGCCGGGCAAAGUGGAUGGGCAACACCUCAACGUGGGGUCCACAGGACACCAUCUUCGACUCUGCAAACCCUGUGCAUUUUGGAAUACCAAGGGCUGCAAAGACGGCAAAGACUGCAAGUUUUGUCACCUGUGCGAACCUGGUGAGAAGAAGCGUCGCAAGAAGGAGAGGAGUGCCUACAUCCGAACCGUCACCCGCCGGCCAGACAGAGUGCCAGGAGUGCCAGCUACUGGUUCUCCCGCUUUGGGUCGGCGAUAGCGUGCUGUUUUUUUGAAAAGGCGCCAAUCGACCUGCGCCGCUAGGAGAAAGUGACCCGCAAAGUCCGGGAUCCGUCAGGUGUUUGAAACUGAAAAUCUCUUCGUGAGAGGCGGUU